CUCAAUGUGGACUGACAGUCAAAAGAUCGGUGUAGCACUGACUGCUUUUGGUGUUUUCUUCAUGUUUCUGGGAGUCAUCACUUUCUUUGAUGCUGGCUUACUAGCGAUUGGAAAUAUCUUAUUCAUUACUGGUAUUCCAUUGACCAUUGGUACUCAAAGAACCAUUGUAUUUUUUAGUCAAAAGAGUAAAAUUCGAGGUACAAUUUGCUUUUUAAUUGGUAUAUCAUUGGUGUUUUGCAAGUGGACCAUUAUUGGUAUGCUUGUGGAAAUAUUUGGAAUUCUAAAUUUAUUUGGUGAUUUCUUCCCUUUGGUGUUUGCAUUUCUACGACGAUUACCCAUUAUUGGAUCUGUCUUAAAUCAUCCUGGUAUUGAAAAGAUUUUCCAACAAUUCUCAUCUUCCUCCGUUUUACCAGUUUAGAUGAUGAUCAUUAUUGUUUGAUUCUAUUACUAUAAAAUAUUUCUAUUGUAGACUUUAUACAUUUAUUACAUUUACUACUUUAUUCUUUCAUAAUAAUAAUUAAAAAAAAAAACCCCCAUAGAUUAAUACUACCUAUUUUAUUUUGAAAAAUGUUUUCAGCCACUUUCAUCUGUGUUACCAAAUGAUGCCAUGAUUUAUCAAAAGUAUGUCCUUUUUUGUAUGAUACAAUCAUUGAUCCAUCAAGAAAGUUCACUUUUGAAUUUAAUAUUAUAAUAAAAUUCUUUUAUUCAUUUAAAUUUUAUAUUCUCCUUUGUUAUCAAUAUCUUUUAUCUAGAUGAACAAACAAAAAAAA